GUAGAAAGCCUAUUGGGCGGAGCUCCCGUCACCUCAUUAAUAUUCAUGAGCGAAUCCUUCCCAUAGUAGGAUUCGUAAUUUCUCCAGCCGGCAGCGUCAAAGACAAACGCCGUGUGGACUUCAAAACACAAAUAAUGUCUUACACAACCUUACAGGGUUGUUCAGUGCUGAGAGAUAUCUAGAUCAGAUCAGAGCAGAGCAGAACCAUGGAUGAGGAGGACAGCCAGGAUGAGCUGAUCAACAGGAACAUCUCCCACGGAAAAGGAAAAAGACCUGCCAUGUCCAUCAUCUCUGAUGACGAGGACAACUCCGCAGAUGAGGGGGAAUCAGAGGAAGGAGACACAGGCAGCGAGGAAGAUGAUGACGAGCAAGAGGAAGUCCUUGAUGGAGAGGAGGAGGAGGAAGAAGAUGAGGAUGAAAGUGAAGAUGAGGACUCUGGGAAGGUGCUGGAAGGAGCUGUAGGGAGUGCUGCUGUGGAUGCAGCGGGUCUGAGCUCAGACGAGGACUCGGAGAAAUGCCCCAUCUGCCUGAACUCAUUCCACGAGCAGCCCGUGGCCACGCCGGAGUCCUGCGAGCACUACUUCUGUCUGGACUGCAUCCUCGAGUGGUCAAAUAAUGCCAACUCUUGUCCUGUGGACCGAAUAGUCUUCAAUAACAUUCUCCUGAGAAAGUGCUACGGCGGGAAAGUUCAAAAAACAAUUGCAGUGAAGAAACCUGUAAAACCUGGGGAGGAGCAGGUGGAUUUGGACUUGGAUCAGACCAGCUGUGAGGUUUGCGGGGGUCGAGACCGUGAAGAUCGUCUCCUGCUGUGCGAUGGAUGUGACGCUGGGUACCACAUGGAAUGCCUCACACCGCCGUUAGACGCUGUACCUGUAGAGGAAUGGUUCUGCCCAGAGUGCAUCGCCAACAACCGCACAUCAGGUUCUGAACAAAUCAGUGAGGACGAGAGCAGCUCUCUCCCCACCACCAGCCGUCCCCGGUCCAGACCCACCCGUGCCAUCGCACGCACCCAGCACAGCGAACGAGUUCGGGCCAACGUCAACAGACGCCGCAUCACACAGGCACGCACUGCAGCGCAGCUCACUCCCAGAUAUAUGAUGCAGUCCACGUGGUUGGAUGAGACCAUCAAUGCAGUAGUGGCCGGACUCAACACGGCCGUUUAUGUGCGAGACUUGACCCCUCGCUCCAAAUCCCGCCGGAGGAGGAGGACAGUUAAAAGAAGGAAAACCAAAAGCAAAUUCUCAGCAACCUCAGGGGGGAAAACAAACAUGGGAGUCAAGAGACGGAAACGCAAAGUGAGGAAGUCAAAAUCAAGAAGAAAACUGGUCCUAAAGAAGGAAAACAAUUCCAGAGGUCGUAUUGCACGGAGUUUAGGCAUUAAGAAGCCCAUGUCUGGCUCCAUAAUUCCUUCAGUUUAUCGGCCUUCAGAGUACAGUUUAGGAAGUAUGCGUGCAGAAAUCGGCGCAGCCUCCCUCUCUGUGUAUGGAGAUCCCUUUGACCUGGACCCCUUUGAUGAUAGGGAGGAUGAGAUUCAAGUUCCAACGCCAACCUCUGAUCUGGAUGCUAAACGCCGUGGCCUGUCCCGUUCUGCCUUGCGAUCCCAUCAGCCUGUGGCUAGACCCAUAUCUGCCGGACUCUCCAGGCGAGGUGUGAGUGUCCCACAGGUGGCAGAGGAAGGCCCUGUACCAGAUCUGCUGGGCAGCAUCCUCAGUGGUCAAAGCAUGCUCCUCAUGGACAGUUCAGAUGUGGUCAUCAACAGAGACGGUUCUCUGAAAGCAACCAAACCCGUGUCCCUGUCCUUGCCAAUAAACACUACCCCUAGAGGUUCAAGCUCAGGGGAAACAGGAGACACACCAAACUCAGAAACAAGUCUCGUUCAACCCUCUGGAGGGGCUGGUCCUUCCUCCAGCCCACUGAGGAGGCCCCCACCAGCACACAGUUCUCCUGGGUCCUGUUCUACACCACAGAAUCCCACACUUCCAUCCAUACACUCCCCUCAUCUUCCUCACUCUCACCCGUCUCCCUUGGGACAUCCCCAGUUGCAUCCGGGAGCUCCUCAUAGGCCUAUCACCCUAAACCCACCUCGACCUGGGAAUAGCCACUUGAGCACCAAUGGGAUUAGAAGUCAACCCCUCUCAAGGGUGCCAAAUGGCCCUUCUGACUCUCCCCAUCAAGACAAGGAUGGUCCUGUCCGACAACCACCUGUCAAAAAGCCCCCUCCCAAGCCUGUAUGGGUGGAUGUUUCUGUAUUGCCAAGAAUACCAAAAAUUAAAAGGGACAGUACCUCCAGUGCAAAUAGUAGCAAUGGCAGCAGUAGCAGUACUUUGCCUGGGUCUUCGGCGAACAGCUUAGCAGGCAAUACAGGUAGGGAACGUACCGUUGACCAACAAGGUACAGGUGCAAGUCAGCAAAACAGGACGGUGGAUGCUCAGAGGCAAAGAGCAGACAGAACUGGUGCUUCAUCUUCAUUUUCUAGCUCUUUCACCUCUACUACAUCAUCUUUUAGUGCCUCUUCAAACUCACGCCCCUCCUCCUCUUCCGUCAGUUUCCGUAUAAACGCUAGCGGAAACCCCUGGCAAGCUCGGCGACUUCCUGCAUCAGGAGGGACUCUGCCUGAAGGUGAUGAGGAAUCAAUAAAGAGGAAUAAUAAAAGUAAACAGAUGCUGUUGUCUUUAAGAGCAAAAGCCAAAGAGGAGAAGAGUGAAGUCUAUGAUCCCUUUAACCCUACGGGCUCUGAUUCCUCUGAUAAUGAAUCAGAAAAUGAGGGUCCUGAUGUUGACGUCCAACAUACUGCACCUCGGGUGCCAAUUGGAGCCAAUGAGGAUGCCUGUCAUCCAGUCAAAUCUGAGCCUCUGGAUGUACACUCGGAUACAGAGAGAGGCUUAGAAAUGUGUGCAGAAGUUAAACCGGAGCCAGAAUCUUUGUGGGACAGACCGUGCAAAGAAUCUCCACAUCAUUCAGACACAAUGCAUAGUCCAUCUCCCUCAGGAGGUCCUGCUUUGGAUUCUACUAGAUGCGAAGCAGGCGUGGAUACUGGGAGUGGUGGUACUUCAGGAAGCCCUUUUCAGAAAACUGAAGAGCACUCCAGAUCAAGCUCGUCAUGCAGUGAAAAAAAUGUUAAGGUGGAGGUGAAGUCUGAACCUGAGACUGGACCUCCAUCCAUCAGGCCCCAAUCAAAGUCACUAGAAGAGUCUCUAGCCAAUCUACAACGAGCUUCUAAAGGAAAUGGGGUGUGUAAAGAGCUGCCUUCAGUCAGUGGUGCUUUUAAUUCUUCUAACACAGCUAAGGACAAGGAGGAAAGACCUCAGAAGGCCCAGUCCAAGGAUAGGAAGCGGUCACCAUCAAACUCGCAAAGCCUUUCAUCUAAAGACUCCCAUAAAAAGAAACACUCAAAGUUAAAAGAAAAGAGGAGGUCACGCUCAAGGUCAAGGGAUCGGCGGAGAUCCCGUUCAAAAUCGAAAGAGAGGCGACGUCCGCGAUCAAGAGACCGGAGGUGUUCCUCGAGUUCCAGCAGUAGAGAAAGGAAGACGAGCAGGAGAAGAGCGAGUUGUGAGAGGAAUGACAACCGAGGGAGAGAAAGACAUAGGAAGAGGUCAAAAGAAAGAAGGCGCUCCCAAUCUCGUUCGUUUUCUAGAUCAAGAUCCAGAGAAAGGAGGAGAACAUCAAAGGAUCAGGGUGAGAAUAGACUAAAGAGGCAGAAGUCAAGAUCAACAUCUAGGGAGCGUAAACGGCGGGAGGAUCGAUUCGAGAUCUCUCGGCGUACAGAAAGGAGCUCCCAUAAGUCUACAGAGCCCAUGUCCACUCAAUUACAUGAGCCUGCUCUUCGUGCAAACAAGAUUACAACACCUGUGAAGACAGAGAGAGAUACAAGACCAUACGAGUGUGAGACAACUGUUGCAUUACCAUCAGUUAAAGUUGAGAUCACGGCUCAUGGACUUGGGUCAUCAAGACAUGAUGACCCAACCAGAACACAUCAAGAAAGCAAGGAUGAUGUUUCACUUGAGCUGCUUAAGCCUAAUGAAAUUAAACAGGAGGAACCUUGGCCCACUGGUUCUGUCAAGGAGUUGAAAGACAUCAAAAAGGAGGAGGAAGUCUGUCUCAACUUGUGUGGAGAAUUAGAUGGCGUUAAAGAAAUGGAGAAAGAAGAGGUGGCAUUUUUAGACAUCUUCUGCACUGGAUCACCAAAUGUUAAUGAAAUUAUAUCAGGCAGUGCUGAUUUAGAGAAGAGCCAUGCUAGCUUACAGGAUGAGAUGAAAGGGCAAGAAAUGGUUGUUGAGCCAAAAACGAUAAAAAUUGAAAAAAUAUGGCCUGAUGAAGAAGAUUCACCAAGCUGCAGUGACAACCCUCUUGUCAUCAAUUUGGAUACGCCUGACAUAGAUGCAGUGAACUGUAAAAAGGAACCCACUGAGUCUUAUCAAUCGCCACCUUUUGAGGAGGACAUGGAGAUGUCACCUCUUCAGCCGCCAGACCCACCAAUAAAACAAGAACCUGUUGUUUCCUCCGAUGAAGAUAUCAGUGUUGAUUACUUGAUUGAUAAUUUAGACUUCAUUAAGAAGGAAAUGAGUGAGAGCUCUUUGGCCGACUCAACAGAAGCUGUCGACCCCAAGUCUGCCGUCCCAGAGGCUUCAGCAGAGAAUAAACAAACUACCGAAACGGUUACGCCUGGUGCGAAGUCUAAAUCGCAGGGAAAACGAGUUACCUGGAAUUUGCAGGAACCAGUAGAACCCCACUCUGAGAAAUUAAGCAAACUUGCUCUCUUCAAAUUAAAACUCAAGCAAGAAGGGUCGCGAAGGUUUGCUACAACCCCGCAAAAUCAGGAUAAAGCUUCAUCUCAGGCUGAACCAAAACUCAUGACAUCGGUCUCCAGCCUGCCUCCCCAAGAUGAAUCCAUCAAACCAAAAUCCCAAAAAGACGUUGUACAUGACCCCAAUCAGAAAGAGAAGUACAUGAAGAAACUUCAUAUGCAAGAGCGAGCAAUAGAGGAGGUCAAACUGGCCAUAAAACCCUUCUACCAGAAAAGAGACAUCACGAAGGAAGAGUACAAGGAGAUUUUGCGCAAAGCCGUUCAGAAGGUGUGUCAUAGCAAGAGCGGGGAGAUUAACCCGGUGAAAGUAGCCAACCUGGUCAAAGCCUAUGUGGAUAAGUAUAAACAUGCAAGAAAACACAAGAAAGAGGAAACUGGGCAAAUCCAACACGCAGAUGUCCCGAAAGACUCCCAAACUCCAACGUGAGGCCGAGGGUAACAGCUACAUGCUUUUCAGAUGGUAUCUUUAUAUAUAUAUAUAUAUAUAUAUAUAUAUAGAGAGAGAGAGAGAUAGAUAUAGAUAUACAAUAGUAUGAUCAACAGUAGAUUUGGAUGUUUUUUUAAAAUCUGUGCAUUUCUAUAAUGACAAAAAAAAAAAAAACUCUUAAGGGCUCAACAUCUUGUCAUCAGUUAUCAAAUGAACCUUUUUGAAUAUUUGUAUGUUUUCUUUUGAAUGUAAAGAUCAUCUGGAAGUGUCCAGAUACAGAAAGGGUUGGAAAUCUUUACGUUUGCCAUUGUGCAAGACAGCACCCUCUUGAUGGUGUUGAAAUACUAUGCUAUUUUAAGCUGAUGAUCCAACAGGAAGUUGAAGUUGUCAGACAGGCUCUCGUAUUGUCAGACACACAUUUGUGUGCAUGUAUACGUCGCGUACACACACACAAUACUCUUGAACCUGUCGUUCCACCAUGAAUAAUUGACACUGGAGAGCAUAGUAAUUGUUUUGUGGUUAAUGAGAAUUUAAGCAUUAUGUUGAGGAACCAGGUGCAGAAGAUCCUUUGGGACGUUCUGUGAUCUCUCAGAGUAUUUAUUUGAAUUAAAAUAUCAUUCUGUUAUCCAGUCUUUAUGAGACUCUGGAAUUAAUUUGGUUCUUUAAAAUCUUUCCGUGUACUAAUAUAGGUAAAACAGGAAAACUUGCAAUGGACCUCACCCUCAUUGAAAUGCUUUUGUUAUAAAUAGAGAUAAUGUUCUCUCAUGACACACGUGAACGGAUGUAAUUUACACUUUCUGUUCAGUUGAAAUGUGACCGUUUUCAUUUUAAAAGCUGCCAGCUGAAUGUUUGCCAGUUGUUUUUCCUGAUUGCCAUUGUUUUUUUGUUUUCUGUUUGUGGAUGACAUGCUUACAAAUGACAUUCAGCCUAUACAAUAAUGAACCAUUUCUUUAUGCACUUCUAAAGUUUCAAUUAAAAGUAUUAAUUAGAAAAGUUGAUAGCUAAAAGUGGAUUUCAAAAGGUUUUUUGUGAACCAUUUUCACUAAUUGUCAUUUUAAUUGCUUGAGAAAUGUUUGUAAGACUUGAAUUGAUCAUGUGAUUUGAGUUGCAUCUCACGGUGAGGCGUGCAGAACGUCUGGCCUCUUUUCCUGUGGCCGAUCACAUCAAGUUAUGAUCUGAGAGUUGAUUCAUUUCCUGACUUGAGAGAGAUUAUUCUGAUCUCUUAACCUGAGUGAUCUUUAUCGUAUGAAUCCAAGCAGUCACAGAAUACAUAGUUUGUGAUGUGAUUUGAGGCAUCCAUAUUGCUGUCUUUGUAAAUAAUUUUAAUAAACACUUUAUUUAAUAAAAAAAAUAAAUAAAAAAAUCCUUUGGCAUGUUUCCUAAGGGGGUAUGUUUGUGUUCCGGUCCAAAAAUGGAAAUAAUGUUUAGUUAGCAGGAAUUUUGAAAAUGUUUAUUAAUGAAAUGUGCUGUGUAAUUGUAUUUCAUUCACCGUCUUGAAAUUUAAAUACACAAGUGUGUCUGUGUGUGUGUGUGUGUGUAUUUAAAAGCAU